AUGGAUUUCGUGAGCCGCCACGCCACCGCACCCUCUGCCACCACCGCCACUGCUGAUCAACAAACAUCCCCCAGCGAGCCCACCCCGCCGGCCGCACCGUCUCCGCCAGUUGCGACCGCAGAGGAGCCCGAAUAUCUCUCUAGAUACCUGGUAGUGAAGCAUUCAUGGCGGGGAAGGUACAAGAGGAUCCUCUGCAUCUCUCACUCUGUGAUCGUCACGUUGGACCCGUCCACGCUUUCUGUUACCAACUCCUACAAUGUGGGUGGCGAUUACGAAGGCUCCGCGCCUGUUCUGGGUCGUGAUGAAAAUUCUCCGGAAUUCACGAUCAGUGUGCGCACGGACAGCCGCGGCAAGUUCAAAGGAAUGAAGUUCUCGUCGCGUUAUAGAGCAAGCAUUCUGACGGAGCUGCAUCGCCUGCGCUGGCCUGGAGGAUCACAAAUUUCAGAGUUCUCUGUGCUGCAUCUACGACGAAGGACAUCAGAGUGGCUUCCCUUUGUAAGUUUCUCUUUUUGCCUACAACAUCGCCAAUUUGAUUCAAAGGGUCAGAUUUGGGUUCUCAAGCUCCUGUUUUACUGCAGAAAAUGAAGGUCACUGCUGUCGGAGUCGAAAUUCUUGAAUUUCCAUCAGGAGAUCUUCGCUGGUGCUUGGAUUUCAGAGACAUGGCUUCUCCCGCUAUUGUUCUCCUUGCGGACAGUUAUGGGAAGAAAAACUUAGAUAACACAGCUUUUGUUCUGUGCGCUCUCUAUGGAAGGAAAUCUAAAGCUUUUCUCGCAUCUCCUGGAACUUCGACUACUGCAAUUAUAUCAAGUUUGGUGAGGCUUUUUCUUUCUCAAUUUUUCAGUUCUUCAUUGUCAAUGUUUGAGCACAGCUGCUUCUGGAAGCUUUUCUUAAAAAAAUACGCAAUGGAUUUAGUUCGAACAAGGAAUUAUAUUUAAUCAAACUCUUGAACAUUUCAUGCAGACAAAGACUGCAAAGUCGACAGUUGGUUUGUCUUUAACUGUCGACAGUUCUCAGUCAUUGACAACAGUGGAGUACAUUAAGCGAAGAGGUAAGCACAUUAAAACACCCUCUAGCUCUGAAGACUACCAGGUGGUGUUUAUGUUGUGCUUUGUUUCCUUGAUCCAUUAUUAACUGACCCACAGGAUCCGGAUCAGUUUCUCAGGAUUCCAGUUAAGUGAUAUAGAGGGGCUCCAUUUCUAUUUAAAAGAGUUUUAUAGAGAAAAUUGUUUGAAUUGGAGUCGAGUUUAUCUUUCUUCUUACCGAGUUCAUAUAAAAUGAGUGACUGUUGUACAGCGAAGUGCAACAAUCAAAAAGUUCUGAAACAGUAUUGGUUCUCAAUAUUCCAGAAUUUUGAUUCCCCAAGGUCCUAUGUUCUAGCCUAGAUAACACAUGUAACAGUCUAAAAAGGUCGAACGUGGUCAUCUACCAAUUUGUAUGAACCUUUCAGCUAUUUCAGAGACGCUUUAAAUUUAUAAUUCUUAAAUAAAAAAUGGCAGAUCUUAACAAAAAUAGUUUUUUUUGUUUAGUAUUAGCUUAUCAAAGAAGAAUUUUUCGUAUUUUUGCGGAUAGAAAGCGUGCUAAAUAAUCCAAGUUGGAGAAACCAAAAAUAGGGGGUCAUUGUGUUCUCUGGCCUAUUUUGUUUCAUUGUUCAUCCGAAAGUGAUCUUCUUUUUCGUGGAUCAUCACUUGUAAGUGCACAAUACACAUUUUGGAAGGAGGAACAUUUGAAAUGAGUUCAUUGUGCACAGGACCAAAAGGCGGGAAAAAUAAAGAAAUUUCAGCCAUUUUAUCAGAACAGUCUCAUAAAGUUCUCUAUUUAGAUCCAGAUGGUGAAUAGUCUAAAACAUCCUUCUUGUUUGUUCAAAGAUAAAUUGAAAGUGUCUUUUCUGAUGCAAUGGAUGUAACUGCUUGCCCUAAAACUGCUCAGUUGUUUUUGUUUUAUUUUAGUUGCAUGUUAGCACUAGUUGUAAGAGUGUUGAACAAUUCUUGUCACGAAACAAGCUAAACAAUAAUAACUGAGGUCACUGCUUCACACCAUUAAUGUCAUUGAAUCUCUUGUUCAAUAGCCAAAGCAGCAGAGUCACUAAACAAGGCUGUUACAAAGUUGGCCCUUUUGUGUUCUUUCUGUAACUCUCCAGGGCAGCCACAAAAUUGUUGUAGGGGAAACGAAUCUACAUAGUUUCAGGUUGUAAAUUUAAGGAAACUCUUCAAACACUAAUACAAUCGAAGUAUCUCAGAAAGGAUGCUUUCACUGGAAACAAGCAUGGUUUGAACAGUGAAAAAGAUGACCAAGAGCAAGUGAUAUAAAUAAUGUUCUUGGGCAUAAUCACCGUUCAACAUUUUCUCACCUGGCUGCAUCAUCUGGACUCUAAACGUGCUACGGUUGAUGCGGCCUCCCUGUUGCAACUGUUCCAUGAACUGUUGAAGCCCCCUAUCCACAGAAGUUCUGCUACUUUUACAAGCUGUCAAUCUACUGCGAUCAGGCACUAGUUGCCAUGGAGGCAUCAACUGUCUCGUUUAUGGGAUCAGUUGCAUCUCAGUUCCUUUUCUUUUUUGAACGAAUUUUCGUGUUGGAUUUUGGGCACUAUGCGUUCUCUUUGUAUCCCAUCUUUUUUUUCUCACUGACCCAAACUUUCCCUGGUGAUCUGAAUGCGCUGCAGACAUUUAAUUGAACAGAACUAAACGUUCAUCAUUCAUUUAAGCGGACUCAGAAUCCAUGACUCUUCUGAUCCAGAAUCUCAUCAAAAUAUAAGUAAUUUAAUUCAGCAAUAUAUCUGGUAGCUUAACAAGCUAAUUGAAUUAAAUUUUCUUAUGCCUUGUCAGACAUUCAAUUUUAUGAUUCAUUUUGGCCCGAGGAUACAAGAUGAUACUGGUACACAAAAAAUAAAUGAACUUGUAGAAGUAGAAUGCUGCACCAGAAGAUAUUGGUUGAUGCACUUCCCUUUCAUAUGUAGAUCACUUCGAAAAAGUUAAUCAGUCCUGAUGUUUUUCUUUCAAUCUGUAUGAUAUUUCUGUUAUCUGAUAUGAUUACAAUUCAGUUGGUACCAACAGUUGUGUAGCUUCUCAUUCCAACUCGUUCAUUUGACAUAUGCCAUAAUUUUGAAAAUCUUGUUUUUUUGCCAUAUCAUUUAAGCCAUUGUUUCAAUAGCUUUUAUUACUUUUCAGCAAGGGAGGCUGUUGGAGCAGAGGAGACACCAUAUGGAGGGUGGUUGGUUACUAGGCUGCGGUCUGGAGCUCAUGGAACUGACAAUGUCUCAGGACUGAGCUUGGUAGUUGGCCCUAAAGGGGGACUCGGUGAUCAUGGUGAUUCUGUACCUCGACAACUUAUCCUCACAAAAGUUUCACUUGUUGAAAGGCGACCAGAGAACUAUGAGGUAGAUAAUCUUUUGUCUGAGAUACUUUUAAGUCAUUCCUUUCUAUGCCUGUGUGCAUUACUUCCUGUUAGCUACUAGAAAUACUGUUUUCCAUGUCCUCAUGAGGUCCUUCAAAUAGUGUGGAAUUACAUCAGCUCUGCCUAGGGAGGUGUGAGUAAGUGUUGAAUAUAGGUGAAUGCAUAUUGACAUUUUGCAUUGGGGCAUACUAGUGAUUCCCUACAGAGUCUUUGCCAAGGAAAUCCAUAAGUCUAGUUGCCAAAAAAUUUGGAAGUGACAUAUUUAAUUUCCCAAAAACUUCUAUUUUAUCAAUGAAUGCCUGUUGCUUUUGGAAAAAAAUAUAUUUCCCAUGUAAAUUACGGACUCAGACUCAAAACUUUGUUAAUCUGUAAGCUGAGUUGAAUUCAAGAGCAUCCGUUAAACUCAUUUUAAUUGCAUGAGUUUCCCAUAUCAGUUUCAGAGGGCCGACCCUCAUUUUUGACAUUAGAUCCUGAUAUUUAUAAGUUCCUUUUUUUAGGGUUAUAACGCUCGAUUCUCAUAUCUUAGAACAUGUGCUCAAAGUUUUUGCGCUUAUUAUACGUAGAUCAUCUUAUUUAAGAGUGAGCUCUCAUCGUUUGGAUUAUUUAACAUUGUUUUAGCUUGAAAUCAUAGAAAAUGUCAUGGACAAUUGGUCUCCACCCACCCCCACCCCCGUUAGGUCAUUCCUCGAAUGCCAGGAACUCUUUUUGGAACUGUGAGUGGGCUCUUGGGUUUGGGGAAGAAACAGGUGGAGACAUUUGGUUUCUGGUUUUAUUUACCUUUGCAGGUUGGUGCUGUCUCUUCAUGAAGCAAAAGGAAAAAUAGGUGUGAUUUCCCUUUACAUCUAGCAGAAAACCUGAAAUAAUUGAAUUUGGAAAGAGGAAGCCUCCAUUUUUUCUAGAAAGAGGCAGUUUUGACUUAUCUUUGCUCCUGUCAGACUGUACAAUUUACUCACCGACAUGCUGCUUUGCCAUUACUUUUUUCUCCAUGUUUAUCUUCAGUACUGUCCUUUUCUGUAUACUAGUAUACUUUUGUGGCGAUUUGUGAUGAAGGAAAGAUCACACAAUGUAUGAUAUUGAUAAUUCUAUCCAGGCUGUCAUUGUUCGACCUUUAUCUGCUGUUAGUUCUCUUGUACGGUUUGCUGAAGAGCCACAGAUGUUCGCUGUUGAAUUCAAUGAUGGUUGCCCCAUUCAUGUAAGAGUCAGAUGCCUAUAGCUGAUAGCAAUAAGGAAGGUUGAACCUUCUAAGAAAAUGGGAAAAUCUCUCUAAGCCGUCGGUGUUUCCAUUUCAGGUCUAUACAAGUACCUCCCGUGACAGCUUGUUAGCAGCAGUUCAAGACGUGUUGCAAACAGAAGUAGGUAGAUGUAUUCCUCUCUGUACGGAUGAGUUGUUAGAUUAUGAUGCUUUUUUAUCUUUCAAUAUUCUCUUUUUGUCGGCUUGCUAGUCAGGUUUCCUUUUUUAACGCCAUAUAUGACUCACAAGUCUGAAAAACUGCAUCAUGUUAAUUCACUUUAGUAAGAUUAUUCUAAAUUACGUUGAUUGGAUCAAGAGUCAUGCUCAUUAUCGAGAAAAAAUGUUGUGGAUUGGUGAAAUUCUUACAGAAGAUUAUCAUAAUCAACUUUGGGGAUUGAGACUUAACUGAGUUGGCCUUUUCAUGUUGGCUGAAAGUGGUUCAAAUUUAGCAAAUUCAGCCAAUGAAAGCUUACAUUCCUUUGAAUUUAAUUAAUACAGGGACAAUGUCCUAUUCCUGUGCUGCCAAGGUUGACAAUGCCUGGUCACCGUUUGGAUCCCCCCUGUGGGAGGGCAUAUUUUCAGUCUCAGCAGCGUCCUGUUUCUGACGUAGAGAGCAUAACUAUGCAUUUGAAGCAUCUCUCUGCUGCUGCCAAAGAUGCUGUAGCUGAGGGGGGCUCAGUCCCUGGAUCAAGAGCAAGAUUAUGGCGCAGAAUAAGGGAAUUUAAUGCAUGCAUACCUUACAGCGGUUUGCCCUUCAACAUUGAAGUGCCGGAGGUGGUUCUCAUGGCUUUAAUCACAAUGCUCCCAGCAACUCCAAACCUUCCUCCAGAUGCUCCUCCCCCUCCUUCACCGUCUCCUAAAGCAGCUGCAACAGUCAUUGGUUUUGUGUCAUGUUUACGGAGAUUGCUUGCAUCCAGAAGUGCAGCCUCGCAUGUGAUGUCAUUUCCUGCCGCAGUUGGGAGGAUAAUGGGUCUACUUAGGAAUGGUUCAGAGGGAGUGGCAGCGGAGGCUGCUGGGCUUGUUGCUGUUCUUAUUGGUGGAGGUCCUGGUGAUACUAAUGUGCUGGUGGACUCUAAGGGUGAACGGCAUGCAACUUUUAUGCACACAAAAUCGGUUUUGUUUGCCAACCAAAACUAUGUUACUGUUCUUGUAAAUAGGUUGAAACCCAUGUCUGUUUCACCUUUACUUUCAAUGUCCUUUGUGGAAGUUCUUGAAGCUAUGCUUUGUGAGCCUCAUGGUGAAACCACUCAGCAUGCUACUUUUGUUGAACUACUGCGCCAAGUAGCUGGUUUGAGACGUCGGUUGUUUGCUCUGUUUGGGCAUCCUGCUGAAAGUGUCCGCGAAACUGUAGCAGUUAUCAUGCGAACGAUUGCUGAGGAAGAUGCAAUUGCAGCGGAAUCCAUGCGUGAUGCUGCCCUGAGAGAUGGUGCUCUCUUGAGGCAUUUGCUACAUGCUUUCUUUCUUCCAGAUGGGGAACGACGUGAUGUUAGAUUGCUGAGGAAGAUGCAAUUGCAGCGGAAUCCAUGCGUGAUGCUGCCCUUGGUGGAGACAUUUGAUGCUUUCUUUCUUCCAGAUGGGGAACCGUGAUGUUAGUCGGCAGCUUGUGGCCUUUUGACCUGCCUUUGACUUGCUCUCAAGAAUACUUCCACCUGGGCUUGUUGCUUAUUUGCAAACUCGCCCUGAUGAAAGUUUGGCUGAAGAUUCCCCUGAAUCAAUCUGGUCAAGAAGCACCAUUUACAAGAAGAAGGCAUAGACGUAUUCUUCAUCAGAGAAAGGGCCGGACUGGAAAAGGUGUUGACAAUCUAGUGCCAUCAGUAAGUAGUGUUGAGGUUGGUGAUAAUGGAAAGAUGGCCACUGGUGCAUCGAGUGUAGCAGAAAACCAUUCAAAACCUCCCACUGAAUCAGCUGUUGGACAGGUGUCAGCUUCUAAUCCUAUUUUUCCAGAAAGAAAUUUGACAAAUGAACCCACUGAGGGAGGGUUUCUGCGUGCUGACGUUUCUAGAGCUGUUGCUUCUGAUGUUGCCCUGCAUUCUAGUGUGCAAACUACAGAGCCAGGCAAUUCUGAUGCUAAUGACGUCGGUUCUUUGGCUUGUGACUUCCCUGCCCCUGCUCAGGUCGUGGUUGAGGACACUCCUGUUGGUUCUGGGAGGUUACUCUGCAACUGGCAUGAGUUCUGGAAAGAAUUUGGUCUAGACCACAACAGAGCUGAUUUGAUCUGGAAUGAGCGUACGAGACAAGAACUUAGGGAAUGCCUACAAGCUGAGGUCCACAAGUUAGACGUUGAAAAAGAGCGCACAGAAGACAUCGUCCCUGGAUGUGUUACAAUGGAGGCAUUGGCAAGGUUAGAUCAUGCCCCCCGAAUUUCAUGGAACUACACCGAAUUUUCAGUGAGCUAUCCAAGCUUAGCAAAAGAAGUUUGUGUGGGCCAGUAUUAUUUGCGAUUGCUGCUUGAAAGUGGAAAUGGUUACCGUGCCCAGGAUUUUCCAUUACGUGAUCCUGUUAAAUUCUUUAGGGCAUUGUACCACCGAUUUUUAUGUGAUGCAGAUACAGGACUCACUGUGGAUGGUGCUAUUCCUGAUGAGCUGGGUGCAUCUGACGAUUGGUGCGAUAUGGGUAGGCUGGAUGGAUUUGGUGGUGGAGGAGGCUCUUCUGUCAGAGAGCUUUGUGCAAGAGCUAUGACGAUUGUGUAUGAACAGCAUUACAAAGUGAUUGGCCCUUUUGAUGGUACUGCUCAUGUUACUGUUCUCUUGGAUAGGACUAAUGAUCGAGCACUGAGACACCGUCUUCUUCUUCUUUUAAAGGUAUUCAAGUUAGUGAAGCCAUAUAUUUCCACGGUUUAUGUUUUGUUAAUUAGUUGGUUAUUUCAUGAUAGCAAUUCUUUAACUUCCUCUGGGUUGAUGAUGUGCUUGCAUUUUGCAAUGAAUUAUUGGGAAAAUAUUGAAAACAGGGGUGCUGGAUGUCAGUUUUUUCUUCCCAGAAAUAUUCUGGUUAUAUAAGCAGUCACCCAAUUGUACCUCCAGACCAUUGUUUAAUGAUGAAUGUAACUUACCGGUAUGCUUUUAGUUUUUCCUUAGAAGACAGUUAAAAAAGGGAGAACAUAUUAGGUCACAAACGUGUGUAUGCCUUAGUCUGAUUCCUCAACAUGAUGAUGGUCAUGUCCCAUAUUUUUGAUUGCUGUUUCUCGUCAAUUAAUAAAUCCUUGACGAGCUGGGAAUUCAGGGAAUUAUACCCUCAUUUUAUUUUUAUUUUUUUAGCUAGAAGAAACCUUUAAAAAAUUAGUAAAGGUUUUCGUAGCCUUGUCUCACUGGUCAUAUGUUUGUGGAAAAUUAGAUAUCGGAUGGUUAAAAUCAUUUAAGAAAUGGCAUCCAACACCCCCGUCGGACUCCCUUCUUAUUUCUUAUUUUUUUCAUAAUUUCAUCUUGUUUUCCGUUUUCUCUUUUCAUGUGAUUCUUUUUUACUUUCAUUGGAUGUGCUAUAAAUGUUUUUUGCGUUCUAAUUUUUUUUGUUGCUUAUUGGCUGCAUAUUAUGCUAAAUUUCAGGUUCUGAUGAAGGAUCUUUUGAAUAUUGAAUCUUGUGUCUUGGUUGGUGGGUGUGUUCUAUCUGUUGAUCUAUUGACAGUAGCUCAUGAAGCUUCAGAAAGAACUUCAAUACCUCUACAAUCUAAUUUGAUUGCUGCUACUGCUUUUAUGGAGCCACUGAAGGAAUGGAUGUUUGUUGAUACGGAUGAGGUUCAAAUCGGGCCACUAGAGAAAGAUGCUGUUCGGAGGUUCUGGUCAAAAAAGUCUAUCAAUUGGGCAACCCGAUUUUGGGCUUCUGGAAUGCUUGAUUGGAAAAGACUGCGUGAUAUCCGUGAAUUGCGAUGGGCAUUAAGCAGUGGAGUUCCUGUUUUAACCCCAGUUCAGGUACUCGCGUAUGUGAAUCACUAUUUGAAGUUAAACGUACUCUGUUAUUGAACUUUAAUACUCAGUAAUUAAAUGAUGCUCUCCACUUUCAAAUAUAAAGUUAUAUAUGUUUUAAUUUUUUAGUCCCAUUUUUGUCGGCUGUAUGUUUAUCAGUAUUGCAUUAGCCUCUUUAAGAUCCUGUCUCUAUCAAUGUCUUUUGGAUAUUAGGACACAGUCCUUGGUGGAUGAAUAUUGUAUGAGGUUUGAAGGGUCUUUGAUGUGCAGAGAGGCAGAUAAUUUUUUCAGUUUAGUAUAAUUAUCUGAUGUAGUUUGUAAAUCUUUCCUAGGUGGGGGAAGCUGCGUUGUCUAUCUUGCAUCAUAUGGUGUCAGCACAUUCAGAUCUCGAUGAUGCAGGAGAGAUUGUCACCCCCACUCCAAGAGUGAAACGGAUUCUGUCAAGUCCACGGUGUCUUCCACAUGUUGCACAGGUGAUUCUCAUUUUGUUCGUCAUAAUUUUCUUCUUUUUAAUUAUGAUAUUAUAAUACCAUAGAAUCUCCACGGAAUUAUCUAAGUUCUCUUCAGCCUUUUAGUUUAUGAAAUAAGUUAGUGAGCAACAAAUUUGGUCUUAUUAAAAAAAGAUGAAAAUAAACUAGGAUCCAUUUUUCUUAAGGCAAUAUCCUACCUUGUUUAGUAAUAUCUAGGUUAGGAGGGUAUCCAUGACCUCAGUGCCAUUCUAAGCUUUGGUCCAGUUCAAUCACACUUCUGCAAAAUAUGGUGAAUCAUGGCCCAUCACAUUUUUCUUUAUGAUGGAAGAGAGAGCAGUGAUCCUUUUGUUUUGAGAAAAGGCAAUGCUCUUUGCUUUGGGAGCGUUGGGUGAUUACUAUAGUCUUUUCCAUCAUGGUGUAGACAAUAAAUUUUGUGCAGAGAGAUUUUCGUAGAGCAAAAUGAGACUCUAUUUACUUGUACUUAGCCUAUUGAAACCAAGGGGUAUGCAGUACUGCUUUUACUUAAAAAAGAAGAGUACUGUGCAAUGUUGUGUGAGUAGUAUGAAUGAUGGGGAACAAUGACUUUCUUAUGCUUAGUAGUUGAGUGGAAGAAUGAUGUACUUCUGCAUCCUUGGUAUUCUCAUUAUUCACCAUUUGUCAACUAGAUAGAGUUAGGGACAUAAAUUCCAUUCUGUCCAAGUUUUUAUUUCAAUGCUGAUUCAACGUGGAUGAUUUCGGAUUUUUCUUUCCUGCCACCAAACAAGUGGGUCUUUUAUCUUCUUAUUAUCUUUUUAAGAUCUUCAUGAAAACGAUGAUCAUGUGUGCGUUCCAUCUAGGCCAAUUGUUCUGUGCAAAUGACCAUUUAUGCACAAGAAUAGAAAGCAGAAAAAGGAAAUGCCUUAAUCUCGUGCUUGGUCCACCUCGUCUUCAUCUCUCCCAGCCGCCCAAUGGCUGCCUACACAUUCCACUUGGGCUACAUUGAUUUUGGUCAUUUUGCAUUUUCGAAGUAUAUAAUACUUCAUUCCUUCAGUGCGGUUAUAGCCCAUUUGCAGUGAGCUAGCUGUUUCUAAUAACACAGCACUCUACCCCAUGAAUGGUUGGCCUACUCGUAAUUUGUACAGCAGAGUGAUCCACGUACAUUUCAUUUUCACCGAGAAUACUAAGCCCAUGGACUACGUAAUAUUUUGUAUUUUCAUGUUCUCCAGUGAUCAAACUUAGUAACACAAAGCGUAUCUUAAAAACAGCUAUUGAUUGUCCAGCUUAACCACUAUACUUGGCUGCAUUUCAUUUUCCUCUGCUUGUAAUUGUUGGGUUUUCUAUGCGCCUGGACAUACACACCGAUUUAUUACCACUUUGUUUGCUCUCUCAGUUGCUGUUACAUUCUUUUAAUACUUCAUUGUUUUGUCAUUGGGCUUCUUUCUAUUUCUUAUCUUUGUUGUCACUCUCCUCUCAUUAUUUUGUAUCUUACCUUCCUUAGUCUCCCUCAAGGUUCAGUAUAAAUUCUGUAUAGUAUGUCAAGAUAUCUAAUAGAUAUUUUUCAUAACUUAUCCCUUGACCUAUGUUGAUUUUAUCUAUUUUGCCUAUUAUAUUUUGUCCAUUGCGCAUGCCACAAUGAUUUUAAAUCAAAGCAACAUCACCAUUCUCAUAUGUUUGAGGCUAUUCAGUCUUGAGAUCCUGUCAUUUGAUACCAAUGACUGACAUGAAGUAGUCCCGACCUCAUAUUCUAGACAUCGUAGUGAUUUACAACCUUAAUCGCGAUUUCAAAUUGUAAUUUUUUUCCACUUUAUCUAUGUUUAUUUUGAAGGCUUCUGAACUUAUGUUAUCACCUUGUGUUUAUGCAACAAGACCUGUCUGAAAAAGAAAAAGCUCACUGCAAACACAUCUAAGAUACGUGGACGAUUUGUUUUGUGGGGAAGGAUAUCCUUUUUGAGAAAAAAAUUCCUUGGGAAAUUUCGUGAGUACUAGGCUCAUGGUAAUCUGCUUCCCAUAUCUUUUUUGGCUACUGGAGGCCUGGUCUUCAGUGAAAAUAAUGUUUCAAAAGCAAUACAAUAUUAUUAAAAGAGAUGGAAAUUACAAGAAGGAUAUUUGAAUGGAUACAUCUCCAUUCCCCUAUUUAAAUGAAUGAUGUUUUUUAGCUCUUCAAAAAUAGAAGAAAGUUCUUUCCCUUGAUGAAUGAUCCGUUUUUUCAAAUUAAUUUGUAGUUCUUAUCUGUGGUCGGUUUAAGAGUGUUGGCAUACAUGCCAUUUUUGAAAGAAAUGGGGUUCCUGUGAGAGCUAGUUCUUUCUUUUAUAGGUUUUCUAGUUGGGUUUAAUUGAUGCAGACACUUGAUUUGUGCCACUAACCUGUAUGUGAUGGCUGUGUGUGGGGAGUCCACUUUGGGCUUGGACGGAUGCAUACACCGUUUUCUCAUACAUUGUCUAUGUCCAUCUUCAUAAUUUUAUUCGCUUUCCAUCGGAUAUCCUUGAUUUUUGGAUUUGAUCUUUAUGAAAUUUGCUUAUUAGAAAAAUAUUCUGUAGGUUUUGCUUACAGGGGAGCCAAGUAUUGUUGAGGGUGCUGCUGCUUUGCUGAAGGCUGUUGUAACUAGGAAUCCAAAAGCUAUGAUCAGGUUAUACAGUACUGGUGCAUUUUAUUUUGCCCUGGCCUAUCCUGGAUCCAAUCUUCUUUCAAUUGCACAUCUCUUCUAUGUGACGCACAUGCACCAAGCAUUUCAUGGUGGUGAAGAUGCAGCAGUGUCUUCCUCACUGCCAUUAGCAAAGCGUAGUGUUUUGGGUGGACUCCUUCCAGAAUCUUUGUUGUAUGUGCUCGAGCGUAGCGGGCCGAUUGUAUUUGCUGCUGCUAUGGUUUCUGACUCUGAUACACCAGAGAUUAUUUGGACGCAUAAGAUGAGAGCAGAACAUCUGAUUUGUCAGGUAGUUUCUGUCUCAUGUACUUGUAUACUUGUAGAUAUAACAGACAAUUUUCAGAGAAGUAAACCGUUGAUCAUGAUCUUGCUCCAUGCUUCUUUUUUUUUUCAGGUUUUGCAGCAUCUUGGUGAUUUUCCACAGAAGUUGUCUCAGCACUGUCAUUCACUCUAUGAAUAUGCUCCCAUGCCUCCAGUAACAUACCCUGAGCUAAGAGAUGAAAUGUGGUGUCACCGUUAUUACCUGAGAAAUCUGUGUGAUGAAGUGCGCUUUCCAAAUUGGCCAAUUGUUGAGCAUGUGGAGUUCUUACAGUCAUUAUUAGUAAUGUGGCGUGAAGAAUUGACACGGCGACCAAUGGAUCUUUCUGAGGAAGAAGCAUGCAGAAUACUUGAGAUAUCCAUGGAUGAUGUUGUAACGGGUCAUAGUACAGCUAUGAAUGAACCAUUUGAUGGGGAUGUGGAAGUUGGUAGCACUUCUAACAAGAAUCACAACAUUGAUGAGGAAAAACUUAAAAGGCAAUAUAAAAAGCUUGCAAUGAAAUAUCAUCCUGAUAAAAACCCUGAAGGCAGAGAGAAAUUUGUUGCUGUACAAAAGGCCUAUGAGCGUCUUCAGGUACUUAGUUGCUUAUGUUUUUGUCAUUUUUUUUUCUUAACCUUGAAUGGCUUCAUUUUUUCUUAACAUGAGGCGUACUUCCAUGCUUUAUCAUUAGUUAUAUUUCAUACCACUUCUGUCAUGAUGGUCUUUAAUUUCCUUCAUGCUUCUUCAUUUGAAUCUAUUUUCCCGUUUUUAAUUCUUUAUUUAGUCAGUUUUGUAUUGAUUUUUUAAUUUUGGUCGAGUUGGAUGCUCUUGUAAGGUAUCAUGAUGCUGCUGGAAAUGUUAAACAUGAAGAAGUUACUAUAACUUUUGUAGUUCUCUUCUACCAUUCUUAAAUUGUUACUGUGAGAGGAAUCAAAUAUAUACAUAUGUGGUUGGAUUUUUGGUCAUCGGGAAGGAUGAUGAAUAGUUUAGAUUACUCAAGUAAUCAUUGUUGCAUGAUACUGUUAGACACCGCGUCCUAACCCAAGCGACCAGACGAAAUCACAAGAAAGAAAGGGGAAGAAGAUAGAGAUUAGGGCGCAGGAAAACCCAAGCACCCAGGACGGGAGUGUUCGAGAGGCCCGAGUUCUCCCUUCACGAUGACCGACUUCCCAAAAAGUGUCCUUCCCCUCCCCGAUUACCUCAUUAAGUAAGGGAUGGGGACUAUUGGGCUUGGGCCUGUUUCCUACGUCUAUGAUAAAUAAGGCCCAGUGGCCUUACAAAUACUUUCAGCUGGUCUUGGAUCCUAGUCAUAGAUAGAUCCUGGGGAUUUGAGCGUGGUAGCUCCAUUUAAAUAACCAAUGUUUCAAAUUUUAAUUGUUUUCUCCUAUCUGAAUAAUUGUCGGGAUGCGAUUUAUCUCACAACCUCUAUUAUUUGGAUUUUGUAUUGUUCAUAAUAUUCUGGAUAAUGCCUAGUCUUGAACUUGAGUCAAGUUGAUCUAGACCAAAAUCUAGUACUUAUGAUCAUAGCUUUCAAGGUGCUUGAGGCAUAAUAUGAUUGUUAACGUGGGUAAGUCAAAUCUGUUGCUGGAUCUGGGCUGUUUGGCAGAUCAGGCUAAUGACAAAUGGUGUCACCCCCCACCUUUGUAGACAUAUUCCCUAAUUAAAAUUUUAUUUCAAAAUAAUCAAGAUGAUGUAACUAGUAUAUGUCCAUGUUGGUGACUUCUUAACAACCAUGCAUGUGAUUAAAUUUUUUUGCAUUACGAGUUUCGGAAAUUUGCACACGAAAGCUUUCAAGAUUUCAUGUAAAAUUAUGAAAUGUAUUGCUCUAAAAAUCAUAGGCUAGUUUAGCGAGGAUAAAGGUAUCUGUGUAUAUCCAUGUUCCAUUCACGUGUUUUAUUUAGCAUUUUUUUCCAAGCAUUUUUGCACAUAUUUCCAUGUUGUAUAUCCAUGUUGCAUUCACGUGUUUUAUAAAGGGAUUGUUAUCUCCUUUAGGAGGUCUCCCCGUAGCCAGCCCUUAGUGGCAUACGUCCCUAGGUAACUGAGAAAUAACUCAGGUUGCCUUCCUGACUUCAGGGCUAUAAAUAUUAAAAAUAUUUUUACCUAUUUGAAUUAGAUGUCCACAGAAUUGCACAGCGGAAACUUAGUGGUGCACAUAGAUGAUGCACACCGUACAUAGAAGUGCCUAAGCUUUUCACCCACGUGUCCUUACUGUCACAAGCACAUGAAGCAUUAAUCUUUGCCAGAUGCGUAAUGUUAGAAAUAUGUGAAGAUGAUUCAGUGUACUGAUCUGCUCAUAUUGUGGUUUUAUAUUGGCAUAAAGCAUGUUAAGAAACGACAUUAUAUUCACCACUAUAUUAGAAAAUAACAGAGUUGUAGAUUCCAAAAUAGGGACACUUUUUAUUGCUAUAUUUUACUCUGACGCUAUCAAAUGGCUUGGUUAAUUACUUUGUGUUCUGUAAUUUAGGCAACAAUGCAAGGAUUGCAAGGUCCACAAGUUUGGAGGCUGUUGCUUUUGUUGAAGGCACAAUGUAUCUUGUAUAGCCGAUAUGGACAUGUCCUGGAACCUUUCAAAUAUGCCGGCUAUCCAAUGUUACUCAAUGCUGUAACAGUGGACAAGGAUGACAACAAUUUUCUUUCGUCGGAAAGGGUUUCCCUUCUUGUUGUCGCUUCAGAGCUUAUUUGGCUGACGUAAGGAAGCUCGUUCUUUAAGAACUUCGUUUAUGCAUUUAUCGUAAUAUAGUUUGAGGAAUAAAAGUACAAUUCCUUACCUCAGGUGUGCAUCAUCUUCUUUGAAUGGCGAAGAGCUUGUGAGAGAUGGGGGAAUACCACUCCUGGCAACACUUCUUGGGCGCUGUAUGUGUGUUGUUCAGCCUACCACUCCUGCAAGUGAACCAUCCGCUGUUAUUGUUACUAAUGUCAUGCGAACUUUUUCUGUCUUGAGUAAAUUUGAAAUUGCGAGAGUGGAAAUCCAGAGGUUUCCUAGUCUGGUUGAGGACAUUGUGCACUGCAUGGAGUUGGAGCAUGCACCAUCUGCAGUUGAUGCUGCUCUUCAGACCGCUGCUCAUAUUUCUGUGUCAUUUGUGUUGCAAAAUGCAUUAAUCAGGGCUGGUGCCUUCUGGUAUGUAUGACUUAAACAUUGGAGUAAUUAUUUAGCAGAAACUUAAAAUUAGUUGUUUCUAUUAAAAUAAUCAGUUCGAGCUAUUGUUAUACUUUUCAAAAGGGGAGCAUGUUUUCGGUUCUUAAGUGGCUUCCCUCAUGUAGGUUCUUUAUGAUUUAUAUCAUAUGUAAAGCUGUUUUGAUGCUGUAUUUAUGAUCACCCUGGGUGACUUGCUGUAUCAAUUGUUUUAUUACGAUGUUUUGAGCCUCUCUCUCUCUCUCUCCCAGGUACCUUUUGCCCUUAUUGCUUCAAUAUGAUGCGACAGCAGAAGAAAAUAAUAUGAUGGAAGCUCUUGGUGGUGGUGGUAGUGUCCAAAUAGCCAAAAAUCUUCAUGCUGUUCGUGCAUCUCAAGCUUUGUCGAGGUUAAGUGGUCUUUGUGGUGAUGAAGUUUCAACGCCUUAUAAUCAUCUCGCGGCUAAUGCACUUAGAUCACUCCUUACCCCUAAGCUUGCAAGUAUGCUCAAGAAUCAGUUACCAAAGGAUCUUUUGUUAAACCUGAAUACAAAUUUGGAAUCUCCAGAGGUAAUAUAUUUAACAGCUCUUAUGAAAAAGCUUUUCUUCUUCAUCAAAUGAAUGCUGAUGAAUGGUUGUAAAAAAAUAUUUAUUGUUAGAUUUAAUUUUAUAUUUGAUGAUGUUGUGAAUUCAAAACAGAAAAACACAAGGACAAUUAUCAUUAUUACAUAGAAGAGAGCUAAUAUAAAUAUAGUGGACAAUAGAAGCUAAGGAAAUCAUGUUGCCAAGAAGAAUAAUAUGAGGUGUAUGUUAACUAGGUGGGAUAAACUUAGCAUAGGAGAUUACCACAAUGUGGACUUUAAUUGUUUGGUUGUCAAUGAAAAUGCUGCUACCUACACAGAAAUCAUUUCACAGUGAUAUUUAAACUUAUGGUUCACCUAAGUGCCACUCCUUCCAUAAGCAACAAGGGAGUGAACCAUCACCUUGUCCACGUCAGUCGUCUUGAUUGUGCUAGGUACAUUCUUUGUUCGAAAGCCUUGACGAAAUUUUCAUAAAAAUUUUGAUUUUGCCAAGUAAGAAUUGAUAAAUAUUCACUCUCCGUCUUCAUUUUUAUUGCAUUUCUGGCUGAAGAGUUUUUUUUUUUGGGGGGGGGGGGCAGGAUCGGGUGCUGCUUCUAUAUAUUAGAAAGUGGCCUUCUUUGGCUUGGGAGAUGCAAUUACUUCCGUCACUAAUGAAACUUUUAUUAGUAUACACAAGGGCCCUGAUAAUUUAAAAUCCAUUAUUUCCAUCAUUUAUUUUUAAAAAAAGAUCAUCUCUGCUUAUUAAUAUUGACCAUCACUCCAUUCUACUUUUAAUAGUGUUUUCUUAAGGUCAGAUAAAUAUCAUAUUACUUCUUUUACUUUGGUUCGCAACUUAUAGAAUUAUAACAUCUGAUACGUGUUGUCAGAUGUCCUUGCCCUUGUACUUUGCAAGAAGUUAGAUAUGGUGUGCAUUUGAGUUUAUGUUGCAGAAUGAAGGUUCCAUAUCCCAAAGUUGUGUUAAUUCUCGAAAAUAUAGCUAAAUUGAUGAUCUUUGUCUGGCACCGUUCACAAUGCAAAUAUCAUAUGCAUUCUAAUCUUUGCAUGCUGGUAGUCAGUAUUAGAAGGCAACUAGUCUGUCAUUGAUCUUUCCAGUUUAUUCCUUUUAUGAGAUUUCGUUUCAGUUUGACCUAUUUGGCAGUCACUUCAAUUCUUCUGAAUUCUAUGGAAUUUCCUUUCAGAUUAUCUGGAAUUCUUCAACACGAGCAGAACUACUGAAAUUUGUGGAUCAGCAGCGUGCCAGCCAAGGUCCUGAUGGCUCAUAUAGCUUGGAUGGGUCACAAAGCUUCACUUAUCAGGCACUGUCUAAAGAGCUUCAUGUUGGUAAUGUGUAUUUGAGAGUCUACAAUAACCAACCAGAUUUUGAGAUAAGUGAACCAGAGGUCUUUUGCAUUGCCCUUCUUGAGUUUAUAUCGGGUCUAGUGAAUAGUCUUAGUGCACAAGAAUCUGAUAUUCAGGGCAGAACUGUUCAGAAUGGAUAUGUAGGUCAAUCUGAACUUCAAAAUGGCAAUGCUGAGGAGCCAGAUGGCAGAGAAAAUAUUGACGAUUUGUUGUCAAUCUCUUCCAGAGAGGAAACGUGCAGAGGGGAUUAUGCGUUGGUUAUAAACCUACAAGUUUCACUGAUCUCUCUUCAGGUACAGAAUGAAAUUUGUUAGAUUCACUCAAUUUAUUUCAUCCCUGAUAUUUAUGUUCUGAUAUGUGCAGAAUUUAUUGACGAGCAAACCCAGGCUGGCAGCCAUUUUUUCUACGAAGGAACAGCUUGUAUCUCUUUUUGAAUGUUUUACUCUAUCGUUCCCAUCUGAAAGUAAUAUUCCACAACAUUGUCUGAGAGUGCUUUCCCAAUUGACAACAUAUGCGCCUUGUGUUGAGGCAAUGGUUGCUGAAAGGACAAGCCUUAUCCUUCUAUUUCAAUUGCUCCACCGUGCACCAGCAUGCAGGGAAGGGGCUUUACAUGUCCUCUAUGCCUUAGCAGGAACACCUGAGCUUGCUUGGGCUGCAGCCAAACAUGGUGGUGUCGUAUACAUUCUUGAACUUCUUUUACCACUGCAAGGUAAAGUCUUAUACUCUCAUUUCAGCUGUUCUUUCCAGAAUUCUAUGCUUCUAAAGAAGCUGUAUCAGAUCACUUGGGUACUUGGUAAGGGUACUCCAAUUUUUCAAUUAGCCAAUUCAAUAUCACGGUAAUACCAUAGUUGGGGGUAGUGGCAAGGACAUCAAGGCAAGCUCAAGUUUGGCACGCUCAUUGUCAGCUUAGAUGUCUUGUUCCCCUAUAAUGCAUCGCUGUAUGUCCAUGUGGAUGGGAGCCUGAUUUAAUUAUACCAAAGUCGUAGCUUACCAUUUUCCGAUCAAGGGAGGUUGUGUUUUUUGCUUCGAGUGUUAGUUGGCUAGUUAUGAGCAUCCACCUCUUGCCAUUUGGCCUGUCAGUGAUAAAGCAGUUUUUAAAACUGAAAUGCUUGUCCAUUUUUGAUUUUUGAUUUUGUUUGUGAACAACAUUAAUUUGUCUCUACCCUUAGUUUACUAUAACUCAACUAUUUGUAAAAUAAAAUAACAGAAUUGAUCAAACUAGAGCUCCCUGACAGAAAUUACUUUAUGCAGAAAAAAUUGCUUUACAACAAAGAGCAGCAGCGGCAUCAUUGUUGGGCAAGCUUGUGGGACAGCCAAUGCAUGGGCCUAGAGUAGCGAUAACACUAGGAAGGUUUCUUCCUGAUGGUUUAGUUUCUGCUAUAAAGGAUGGGCCUGGUGAAGCUGUUGUUGCUUCCCUAGAGCAGACAACAGAAACACCAGAACUUGUAUGGACGCCAGCAAUGGCUGCUUCUCUUUCAGCACAACUCUCAACUAUGGCAUCUGAGCUUUAUCGUGAACAGACAAAAGACCAUGUUGUUGAUUGGGACAUUCCUGAGGAGGCAUCUGGCCAACAGGAAAUGAGAGAUGAACCACAGGUAAAUAUAUAUAUAUAUAUAUAUAUAUAUAUGUACAUUUUUACAAAGAUUCGUCCUGAUUCGGUCAGAAAUUUUAUAAUCUUCAUCAUUAUCCAGGUCGCUGGAAUUUAUGUAAGGCUGUUCUUAAAGGACCCAAAAUUUCCACUUAGAAAUCCAAAGAGAUUCUUGGAAGGGUUGCUUGAUCAGUAUGUGACUUCAAUUGCUGCUACGCACUUUGAUACGCAUGCUGCUGAUUCAGAACUUCCUUUGCUCCUCUCUGCUGCAUUGGUAUCCUUGUUACGUGUCCACCCAGCUCUUGCAGACCAUGCUGGUUUUCUUGGAUAUGUUCCCAAACUUGUUGCAGCAAUGGCCUAUGAAGGAAGGCGAGAAACAAUGUCAUCUGGAGAGGUGAAAAAUGGUAGCAAUGGCCCUUCUAAUGAUAAUGAUGAAACUGAGUCUAUUUCCAGUGAACAAACUCCUCAAGAACGGGUGCGUCUCAGUUGUCUCCGCAUUUUACAUCAACUUGCCUCUAGUACUACUUGUGCAGAAGCUAUGGCAGCCACUAGUGCUGGCUCUCCGCAGGUGAUAUGAUUUUCUUAGACUUAUUUAUGUGGUAUGGAACAGUGUUUUAUUAAUCAAACGAGUGGCUUGUUUUUAACUGGUUUGUUUAUGCAUGUUACUUAUUUUAUGGAAGUGAUUACCUGUUGUAUCCUUCUUUAGCAGUAAAUUGUUACGUGUCUGGCCACACCCCUAGCCUGUCUAUAUCAUUAUGUCCUUUAAAGGUUUCUAUUAAAUAGAGAUCAUCAUCAACUCAUGUUCUUGAAAGAGGAUAGCCUCUCUCUCUCUCUCUCAUACACACGUGCGCACGCACACAUCCACAACCAAAUAGAGGAGAAGCAUGGUGGAAAUAAGCUUUUCCAUCAAAAUACUAUAAUAAUUUGUAUGUUAUAGUUUUUGCUAUUCUAUUAGCAUUUACUUCAGGCCUACGAAUGAGUAAACCUAAGAAAAUGAUAAUCCUUUACAUCGUAAUUUUCUGCCUGUAGCUUGCACAUCUCAGCUACACAUUUCUUGAUUCUUUUACUAGAACAUAACAAGCAAUUUUUGUUUACUCUUGUAUUUUGACAACUUAAAUUUUCAAUUCAUUUUAUUUCAUUAUCAGUGAUUUGUGACUAUGUAAAAAUAGAUUUUUCCAUCUACUCUUCAUACAUUUCCUCUUUUAAUAUUUGAUCUAUUUUUUUAGAGCUACUGUCUUAGAAACAAGGUUCUCCUUCAAACAUAAGAUCAAUGCUAGAUUUUUUUUGUACAUCGAGAAACUAUCUUCAAUGUAUGAAAAUUAGUUAAGUGAUAUCAAUGAAAUUUUUAUUACAAUUAAACUCUUGAAUUGUGUUAACACUUGAGCAUCGUAUCCCUGUAGCAGAAGAAAGUGUUGUGACACUUUCCAUUUUUUUUUUAAUUUGCUUAUUCUGGUUUCAUAUAUUAAUAUUUCCAGGUUGUUCCAUUGCUUAUGAAAGCAAUUGGAUGGCAAGGUGGGAGUAUUCUAGCACUGGAGACAUUAAAACGAGUUGUUGUUGCUGGAAAUCGAGCUAGGGAUGCACUCGUAGCACAGGGUCUGAAGUGAGUAUUUUCUCCUUUGAAGUUAUGUAGAAUUGUUCCACUAGUUUCUCAUUGACAUUGAAUUUUGCAUUCGCCAGAACUGGUUAUUCUCUAUCAUUUUUUUAUGCGGGAUUUUUUCUCAGUCGUUUGUAUUAAAUGCAUUAUAUUUCGACUUUAGAGACAUUUAAAAUCUCACAAAAUUGCACUAGAUUCCGAGAUGAAAUGACUUUAUCAUUUUAUGAGAGUUGUUUUAGUUCCACAUUAUAAGGGACGAAUGAAAUCAUUUAAUUAAACGUAUGAGUGAUGAAGAUUUAGCGAAGUACCUUUUGGGCCUAAAUUAAUUUUUUAGUUGGUUGCCUAUGUUAUUGAACUUAUCGAAUGCUAUUUGACAAUACUGGGCCAAUCAUUAACAAUCAGACGAUGAUUUUAAAAUAUUUUUGGGUUUCUUGAGGAGAAACAUCUCUUUCGUAGGGAUCUAGAAAUUUUGGAAGAAGCAUCAGUAAACAACGGAUUGGGUUCUCCACUGUUAAGAAAUUCAAUUAUUAGGACGAAAUAAAAAUUGACUUUCCUAUUAUGAGGUUGUCACUCUCUUUAGGUGUUUCAGUGCACCAUCUCUAUCUGUCAGUGCUUCAGUUCAGUGCCUCCAUCCUCAGGAUAGUUUGACUUCUACCUUCCCUUUGUAGAAUGGUAUAGUUGACCGAUGGUAGGAUAGAAAAUUGGCUGCUGGAUAUAAGGGAUUUCUAGUACAUUGUCUGAUGGGUUUUCGCAAGGCAAUUGAAAGUGAGUCACACUGCAGGUUUGGCUGAUCAUCUAGUGACGAAGAAGUAGAGAUUUGGACAUUUUAUAAGGCUUCAUCGGAAUCUUGGGUAUUUUGUGAAUCAUGAAUGGCACCUCUCCUAGAGUAUACGUUGUCAAACCUCAAAUCUUCAGGAAGCGGAUCUGAGGUAGAAUAAGAUAUUUUAAGAGCUGGAAUAUGAAGAAACAAUUGACUUACGGAUGCUGACGAGGAUUCAUGUAGAACAAUAUGAUCGGGAGACAAUAUAGGUUGUUCAUUGGAUGACGACUUAUUGAAGUAAGGUACUGAUUCAUGAAAUGUUACAUCCAUAGAAGUAAAAAAAAAUCUAGAUGGAGGGUGAUAACAUUUAUAACCUUUUUGAUUAAUUACGUAACCAAGAAAGAUACAUUUAAGUGAUCUUUGUGUGAGUUUUCAUUUAUUCUGAGUGAGAUCACGAACAAAAGAAACACACCCAAAUAUGCUUAGUUUUAUUUUAUUGUUAAUUUGGUGGUGUGGGAAAAAUUGAGCCAAGGAAUUUGUAGGACUGUGGAAAUCUAAGAUUCGAGAAGGUAUACAGUUAAUGAGGUAUGUGGCUGUGAGGAUACCCUCUCCUCAAAAAAUAUUUGACACAUGAUGUUGGAAUAGGAUAGAUCUAGUUACCUCUAAAAAAAUGCUGAUUUUUUCUUUCAGCUAGACCAUUUUGCUGUGGAGUAUAUACACAAAGAGACUCAUGUAUAUUUCCUCUACUUUGAAGAAUGAAUUUAAACUUUGAAUAAAAUAUUCUUUAGCAUUUCGGAUCUAAUUUUUUUGAUACUUGCACCAAACUGAUUUUUUAUUAUGGUACAAAAGAAUUUAAGAAUAUCACAUGCAUCGGACUUUUGUUUUAGAAGAAAUACUCACAUACAUCUUCUGCAAUCAUCAAUGAAAGUAAUAAACCAUUUAUUAACAUGAAUAUGAUUGAUGGGACAGUCCUCAAAUGUCACUAUGUAUUCUGAAGAAAGGAAUUUCACUCUUUUCUCUUUGAGAGGGAAAUGACGCACGUGUGUGUUUAGAAAAUUUGCGCACAUUAUAUUUGAGAGUGUCUAAAGAUACUCUUUGAAACAAAGAAGGAAAAACAGUCUUUAAGGUAAUAAAGAAGGGACGACCCAUCUUUUGAUGAAGUAGACGGAUCUUAUUGACAGCUUAUGAAGGUUUUAUGGAUUGAUCAGUUUCCACUAUAUACACUUGGCUUAGUCCUUCUAGAAGAUAGAGUCCGUCAUGUUCUCUAGCAACUCCAAUCCUCUGAUGAUGUUCCUUAUCAAAUGUUACACAAACAUCUUCAUCAAAGAAGGCAUGGUAAGGGGAAUCUCUCACAAGUUUCUUAACAUAAAUAAGGUUUGUAAAUAGUUUGAGAACAUGAAGAACAUUAGGAAGAAUGUUAAGGGGUUUAAGGUGAAGGUCUCUUAUACCUACAACGGUUAGAAAAGAUUCAUUUGCAAUUGUGACUUUCUAUCAACAGGACAAGGAUUGUAAUUAGUGAAAUGGUGAGAAGAAUUAGCCAUGUGGUCCGUUGCCCGAGUCCACUACCCAAGAGUUAGAAAUAUCUCUAGUGGAAGCUUUAAUUCUGAAAGAGUGAUGAACCUUACCCUAUUAGACUAAUGAGUGAUGUAUCACCAUCGACUUCAAUUGUUUCAAUUCAGCUGAAUUCAUUUUAUAUCAUAAUAUGAGAUGAAGAUGGGUGUUGAUUUUGUUUGAAGUCUGACGGCUGAUUAACAUGUAAAGUUGUUGUAAAAUGUACUUAGUUGCCGUAUUUUUCAUUAUUGAAGUGUGGUGGUUUGCCAUGUAACUUGUAACAUCUAUCUCUAGUGUGACAUAUUUUUCUGCAAUACAUACACCAUAGGUUACCUCUAAAGUCAGUAUUCUGGUUCCUCCCUUGACCUUGUUGAGGUGGUUUGGCUUGAUCAACGGUUUCUUCAUAGUUUCACCUUGUUUAACACAAAUUCAAAAUUAUCAUUUUUUAGAACUGACAUCAUCAAUUUCCAGCGACUUUCCUCAUUUAAGAGAAUCGACAUAGCUUCAUCUAAAUCAACUUUCUUCUCACAGCUCAAUAUCUAUUCUCUAACCUGAUCAAACACAGAAUUAAGUCCAGCCAAGAAUUUAAACUCUCCUUCUAUCUAUAAAAUUUCGUAAUGCAGUAAUUUCAGUGGAUUUUUCAGUAUCAAGACUAAGGUAAUGGUCAAGUUCAUGACAUAAAUUCUUUAGCUCUCCUGCAUACUCCACCGAUUUACUCUCUUGCAUCAUGGACAUUAAUUGUCUCAAGUUCAUAUAUGUGAACCUCAUUUUUUGUCUAUGAGAAUUUGGUGUAAACCAUCUGCCAUAAGUCCUUGACUGUGGCUAUGAAGAACAAAUUACGAGUAAUUUGGGUAAUCAUUGUUCCCCACAGCCAAGUUUUAAUCAAGACAUCCUCUUCUCUCCAUCUCCGAAAUUCUUGUGACAUUGAGUCUGGUUUCCCCUCUAUCAAGUGGUGUACCAUGCCUCUUCGAGUCAAUACUUCACGAAUAUUUUCUAACUAUUGUAUCAGAUUAUAUUCAGUUAAUUUGAACUCUAACGAUAUUGCAAGAAGUUCUACCAAUAAUCUUGUGCCUCCAGGAACAAGAUUGACCUCUCUCGUAGAGGCUGAAUCUCCCCCAAAAGAUGAAGCAACAUAUCUUAUAGUUUCCAUUUCAAGGAGAGCAAUUUACUUCAAGAAAAAUUGAUUUCGUGAGUAAAUCUCGAACAGAGAUAUUCAAAGAACGGUAUAAAGACCGUAAUAGCAAAAUCAAUAAGUGUGAAAGCGAAUUAGAGCGAUCGCAUCUGGAUUCGCUCUAUGGAGACACUGUAAAGACGUGUCCCUUGCCAGACGAGCGUGAUACCAACAACUCCAACAGAAGUGGAACGUCCCUUGCCGAUGAACACAUAAUGCCAAGAGAAAGUGAUUCGAAACCCUAACCUUGUUCUGAUACCAUGUAGAACGGUAUAGUCCUCUAUUCGGUGUGUGCUGGUAGAUCAUGUUAGAAUAGUCUUGCUUUAAAGAGUCCAGGUUAAGACAGUUAAAUAUGUGAACCAAUGUUGGUUUCAAUCCAUCUUUGCAAGUUCCAAUCCUAGAUGAUACAGUAACUUUUGCCACAUAAUUUAUUUUCUGCUGAAAAUGAAGAAUGCUUAGAACCUCAAUCUGGCAACGAGAAAGUGUCCGAAAAAAAAAAAGUUUUUAAAGUAAAAGAAUGGAAAAAAAAUGCAAAACCUGAUAUCUGAAGUAGUCAUGACACUUGGUGCAUACUACUUUUACUUCAAUGGGUACUGUAGAAUGUGGAGCUGGGUCUGCAGAUGCAGGAUAAGAUUUUCGGGUGGCAGCAUGAGCAGAAGGCUUUCGAUUCUCAUGAGCAGAAGGUUUUCCAUAGUGUAAUCAUUUUCUCGAGCUUCCCACGAUAUGAAAAUUCUAAAUUAGUUUAUUUAACAUGUACUGAAUAUCAAUAUAUGCUCGCUUUUGAGUUCAUAAAAUCUGUUUUAGGUUAUGAUCCUCAUCCCAGGUAUAUUCUGAACUGUUUAUCAUUAAACCUGAACCCCGCUAUUGAAUUCAUUUCAUUGACUUGCCUAACUGUUCAACACAAUUGCCUAAUUGGAAGAAAAUAUAUUUACUAUGCAGGAUUGGUCUUGUUGAAGUCCUCCUCGGUCUUCUUGAUUGGAGAGCUGGAGGAAGGCAUGGAUUCUGUGCACAGAUGAAGUGGAAUGAAUCUGAAGCUUCCAUUGGGCGUGUGCUGGCUGUGGAGGUUUGCAAUUAUCUGUUGCAGUCAUUUUUGUUGAUUUCUCUUUCAUAUUUUGUUUUUAUGUGCAUCUACAGAAAUUAUUUGUAUUUCUUAUCUUUUUUCUAGGGAUCAAUUUAUUCAUCACGUAUUUUAAGGGAUAAAUUUAUUUGUUAGUGGUCAUCUAAAACAUGAAGCUUCUGAUCUUUGUAAUGCAGUACCCUAGACUUCCUGUACUCUAUUUUUGACAGUUGUCAUGGGAUCCUUAGUAGUCCUCAUAGAUGGAAAAGGAAGUUCAGAACUGAAAAUAUCAGUUCUGGCAGGCUGUUUAAUGAUUAAUAUAAACUGCCACUGUAGGCUAUCCCAAACUGCUCUUGCUCACACCGACUUAAAAUACAUUUUUUUUUCUGUGUUUUAUUCUACGGUGCAUUGGUGUUAUGACUUUUGAAACUUAGAGCAAAAGUCUACCAUUUCCAUUAUUCCUACUGUGAAGUCAUAUUACCUUUUUGGCAAGGCAAUCCCUGUAAUAUCUAUAUUUUUCAAAAAAUUCACGCAUUAAUUAAUGUUUCAUUCACCCUGUCUAGGUCCUGCAUGCAUUCGCAACAGAUGGAGCGCACUGUAUUAAAGUUCGUGAGAUUCUGAAUUCCUCUGAUGUGAGUGCACAUUUCUUCUCCGUUUGGACUGAUAUUUUUUCUAUUAUCAUGCACAUCUAGAGAUUUUUGCUCGUGACCUCUAGUUCAAUCCAUAGAAAUUUAAUUCCAUCAAAAUUUCAUGUGCCAGAUGAAAUGGACAAUUAUGGCCUUUCCAAUUUGUUGUAUUUUGGUUAAUAUUUCUGUAAAAAACUGGGCGGUUAGAUAUCUCAUUCUAUAUUUGCAAGUCAUAUCAGAUAUUAUUUGAUCGUGGUUUCAGACAGAAAGCAAUGUCUUGUAACUUUUCAUUUAGAGAUGUAGGGUUCUCUAUUUGUAGAUUAUUAUUGUAAUAUGAUCCUGUGAAACUUUAUUCCAGUUUUUGAGUCUUCUCUGUAAUUUUUCACCAGUUCCAUAGUAUGGAAUGUUCAUGUUCUGGAUGUAGCCUGACAUGAUCAAGUUUGGAUCUAAGGAAAGUAAUUUAGCUCUCUUCGUAGGCAAGGAUUGCCUUGAAGGGCACAUUCACCAGUGUGCCCUUUCUAUAGAUCGUCUUGUACACAACUUGAUGGUUUAUGUAGGAUGAACUUUUCCUUAUUGGGUCCUUCCUUCCACGGUUCACUCAUUGAAGAAUGUACCUGAUAUUUGUUAAGACUGUCUGGGAGACAGAACCAUUUUGUUUUGUCCCAAGGAUCUUUUGGGUCUAUUAUGGUAUCAGGUCCAGCCGGGGUAAAACUUUGUUUCCUUAUGGACCGCCAGUGAAACAUGAAAUAAUUGGAUUCAUAUGUCCAGCUAUUCCUGCAAGAAUGUCAGUUCUCCAUUCAACGUAAAAUUUGUCUGUUCAGGCAAGAUGUCUGUGCAGUAGUGAGAAGGUCAUAAUUUUUUUUCAUUAGAAUAGCAGAAGAUGGUUUCAUUCUUCUAGUUUUUUUUCUUUAGCUUUUUUAUUGUUUUUACUUGUUUGUUUUUGGAAAGAAGAAGGUACACUGUUUUCUACACAAAUCUGGUUGUCAAACUAUGAAUACAGAUUGGAAUUAUUGUUGGCAUGGUUAUAUUAUGGUCUGUAGUCAUCCUAGUUCUUGCGUUUGAUGAGCAAGAAAAGGGAAACCGUAUGUAAUAUUUUAAUGUAGGUUUAUCUUAUUGUAAAUUUAUUAGGAAAGAAGAAAAAUAAAGAGCAUCCUGUGUCCUGUUAUGCACUAAUACGAAACUCGAAGGUUGUCAUUUACACAUUAGUUGUCUGGUUAUGAGUAGUGUUUCUGUAAGUGGAUGUGUCACAUGCAUUAUAUAUUACAAAAGACGAAUAUGCAACUAGAUAGUUAUAAGCCCUCAAAAAGGCCCUAUAUACACCAAAAUGCUAUUAAACAAAACUAGAACGCUAAUUCCUUCUGAAAUUGGAGUAAAGCCUUUCUGCAUGACACAAAUCCGAAGUCCAAACGAAGAGAUUUUAUGCUCAUUCCAAAUAAAAUUAAGAGUAGCACAUAGGGAAAGCCACCAAUUUUUUAUCUUAUUUAUGUAUUAACUGUUGAGUAUCAUUCUCUCCAUAAUGCCCUUAUCUCUUGUAUCCACUAUUUGCGUGCCUACUCUGUGUAUGUACUUACCCAAGUUCCAAGGAAUGCUAAACAAGUGUUCUAAUGAUUCUUUUCCUUAUAAACUCCAAGAUUUCUCACACUGUGCAAGAAAGCAUUAUGACAAUCAUUCCUCGAUAGCUUCCCAUGGGAAAUCCUCUACAUCAAAUCUUCACCUUCAUAGUAGAACCUGAACCUUUCAUAAGAGGAGUCAUAUGGUGCAUAAUCCCUCUAUUUGAGAUAAGUUUGCAGAUUGAGCCGUGAACUUCUUAUCUCCUUUCGAUUUCCAUCUUCAUUCAUCCACAUCUUCUCUAUUGAGUGAUAUUUCUAUUCGAAGACUCAGUAGAUUCCCAAGCAGUACAAGUUCAAUUUCUGUUUCUUUCAAGUUUCUUCAUGACCUUGGGCCCUAUCCUGUUCUCACAGCUCUACAGUUGAGUAUCUUUGAUGUUAUAGCAUAGCCAUCAUUUACGAACCACCAAAAGGAUGGACAUGUCUCUUCUAUAGAUGAAGUCCGACACUAUUUAUUCAGGAGAAAAAAAAUUCGUCGGUUUUCUAUUCACCUGAAUUCCUGCUAUCACCGCAUUACGUGCUGGGGAAUGGUGUCUCACCACCUACUGGAGACGUUACUUGCAUACUCUUGUCCUCUUUUGGUAUAUUUAUGAAGUCACUUCUAUCCAGAGGCCAUUAUCUUCAGCUGGGCCACUUUAUGAGUAAAGCUAAACUGAAACCUUUGAUAUUAGUGGCAGCUACAUGGUGGCUGUUUAUGGGUCAUGUAAUUUAAUGAACAAGUGAUGGCGUGUUUAUGUGGGACAUCCAAUCUUUGAUAAUUAACUGCAUCCCUUGCUCAUGGAAGUGAGUUGUCAAACAGGAAUGUGCUUCAUGUUACUCUAUGUGAUCAAUUGAUGGCUUUAAAACCCGAUUCUGGUAGGAUAGUUUGUCCAGAGGCCUGUAACGGAGAUUUUUCGUCAGUCUGUGACCCUAUGGCUAUGAUGGGUGAUUUAUAUGGCCCUAACUAGGAUGGGGUGGCUGUCCUACAUGUUCAGACUUGUAUGAGUCAAGUUGUCAUACUUUCCAAGUCAUGAUCCACGCAGGGUUUGACUGAUUGACCGCAGCCUGACCCUGGACAUGCGCAAAAGGAUAUCCAGAAACUGAAGGAAUUUUCAUGUUGUGUCACUGAUGAUCCCGGUGAAAUCUAUAGUCACUAAUCUCUGAAUGAGUCCAAUCUCUUGUUAAAACGAGCUAUAGACCCAUUGCACUUCUUCCCUAACUUGAUACUCACAAUGAGUUGCUUGUAUCUUUUCAAUCUGUAGAAAAGUUAUAUAUUUCUCUAUUUGAGCUCUCUUUUACAAGCUUGGCCCUUGGCAGCAGCUGUGCAUCUAGAAAGGGAUGAACAGUUUAUAAACAAAUUGUAUGGAAAACAAAACAAAACAAUCUGGAUUUCUUAAUUCCAAGGUUCAGCUCCUAUAUUUAAGAUUUAAUUUGUAUGUAUAUGUAAUCUUAGUGUUAACACAGUCUGACUUAUUAUAUAUGCUUGGAUGAUCAUAUUUCAAAACCUUUAUUUUUUGGGCUUAAACUCGUGCACAAGAUCAACACAAGCCGGUAUUAUAAUUGCAAUAUUGAUUCUUAGAUCUAUUUAUUUAUUUGUAUUUAUAUAUAAAUGAUUCUACGCAUAAAAGUUGGUGUUACUGGGACUCACAUAAAGUUCGAUCUGAACUUGGCAGGUUUGGAGUGCCUACAAAGAUCAGAAGCAUGAUCUCUUUCUUCCUUCGAAUGCUCAGUCUGCCGCUGCCGGUGUUGCCGGGCUCAUUGAGAAUAGCUCAUCCAGAUUCACCUACGCUCUUACUGCUCCAGCACCGCAGCCAUUGCCCUUGAGGCCCCCUUCAUCUACUACGUCUACAACCUCCGACAGCAACACAGACAAAGGCGCCAGUUCAGGGAGCAGCCAAGAAUUUAUCGAAGCAACAAGGCAGCCCCCGCCGCACGGUUGA